UCACCAUCACUGGAAGUGCCCACCAUCACCUGGACAACCUGACAUAACUCAUACAUAGUGGUCUAAAAUAAUCAAAGUCACAAGAGAGUUUGAAUUCUACAGAAUCCAGGUGGCAACUGAGGAAAGAAUAACUCCAAUAUGAACCCCCAGGGUGGACAUUAUUUAAACAAGACAGCCGUGCUGUCCCCUUUGGGCGCUGUCCGUUUGAGUGAGCUUGCUCUCGGCUGUACCGUGAUUUCUUUAGUGGUUCACGGUGCAGGAUACACUGCUGUCUACGGGAUCUUCUGCAUGGUAGCAUGGAGCGCUUGCUUUGCCCUCUCGGCAGCCAUCUUCGCCCUGGAUGUGACGCGUCUCCACUCAUGUCUUCCUGUGUCCUGGGAGAACCUGACUGUGACCCUUGCAGCAACGUCUGCUCUGCUCUACCUCACAGCUUCCAUUGUGUACCCAGUUUAUUUUGUGCGCAAUGAGUGCCCAUAUAACGAUUGUGAGGUUAGAAAUUUCCGGAUAGCCGUAACCGUCUGCUCCUGGGCAGCGUUUGUGGCAUACAUCGUUGAAGUUUCCCUGUCCCGGGCCAAACCAGCCCGAGCGGCCAGCUACAUGUCCACUCCGUCUGGCCUCCUGAAGGUGGUGCAGGCUUACGUCAGCUGCGCCAUUUUCAUCACUCUUGCUAAUGGGAGUGAGUUCUGGCGUCACCCGGCGACCGUUUACUGCGUGGUAGUGUUCGUGUUGUGCUUUGCCGUGACAGCGUUGGUGGUGGCACUGAGUGUGUUGGGACGCACAACCUUCCUGAAUCUGCCUCUUGACCGUUUUGUAGUGCUCUGCACGUUUGCAGCAGUGCUGCUGUAUCUGAGUGCUGCUGUGACCUGGCCCGUGUUUUGUUUCGAUAGGAAGUACGGUACGCCACUCAGACCUCAGGGCUGUCCUGGAGGGAAGUGUGCCUGGGACAGCCAGCUUGUUGUGACCGUGUUCUGCUUUCUCAACCUGGCGUUUUAUAUCACAGAUCUCUGCUGUUCCCAGAGAGCGCGCUUUGUGACACGGCAGCCACGUGUGUAACAACUACGCUGUACUUGUGCUUUCAAUCUUCCUAUUUAUUUCUAGAUCUGAGACUGUGCCUCAAAUCACACACUUUCUACUGUUCACACAGCAAUAUGAGCAAACGUACAGUAGAAGGGCCAUAUAUUUGUCUUGCAGUGGACACGUUUUGUGCACUGGACUUUACAUUAAAUUAAAAAAACACUAGAACAGCAAACACUUGCUUUGACAUAACUGUCCACUUCCACUUUUCACUUCCCCAAAUGUAAUCAAUGUUUUAUAUCUGAUAUUUGCUUAAUGGAAGUCUAUAAUUAAGCUACAUCAUUCUCUUACUUAAAUAGAGAAUCUAGUAAUAGAUUUAGAAAAAGAAGUUAAAAAUGGAACUAUGUUAUCACAUAGUAUCUGUUCGUCUAAGAUGGCUGCCUCCACAACAUUACUGUACUAGCUUGACAGUAAAGUUUUACAAGAUUACAGUAAAUGAGAGAAAUGUUUUUCACUGAACAAUCUCUUUAAAUUAGCUGGCUAAUGCUGAUGUAAUGUAACAGUCUGGUAUACAUCCAUUGUUCUCAAAGUGGGGUCCAGGAUCCACAUGGGAUCUAUGAAGCAUAGCAAAGGAGUCUCUGUGUGUGUGUGUGUGGGGGGGUUUGUUUGUUUUUUUUUUUUUUUUUUUUUAAUUACUGUGGUGGAAAAUCACAAUCCAUUAGGUUUUUUAUAUAUUUAACUUUUUGACCUGUCACUUGAAUUGGGUUUAAUCCAAAACAAAAUUUAAUAAAAGUGUGGUUUGUGUGUGUAAAUUUCAGGAAUAAAAAGCAAUACAGCUCCAAUAAAUAGCCAAAUAUUCAAGCAUUCUAAUAUUUGAAUUAGCUCAUAAAAUAAAACUGUUGUGAAUUAUAAUCAAUUUCAUUCAUAUAAUCUUAUUCACAGCACAUACUUUUAAAAUAUUGGGACUAUAUAAUUAAAGAGAUAAUAAACUACAAAGACAUGACCCAGUUCUGCCCUUAUUCUUGAAAGUGUUGAUUUGUCUCUUUUUUUUUUAUGACCCAAGAUAAAAUGUUCACUGAACCUGAAUCAUGAUCCACACACACUCCAUCACACACACAUACUCUUAAACAAGUCCUGAUACACCUUUGAAAGCCAACUGUAGACCACUAUAAUUCUCCUCGUAGUCCUCUUCCCCAGGCAGGUCCUGAGGGGGUCUUCUCCUCUCUCAGCCAGCUGGUUAGUAUGUGUGUCUCUCUCUCUCUCUCUCUCUCUCUCCGUCAGCAUGUUCUGCUCUCCUGGAGGACACGGUGACCAAUCCAGCCAGCUCAGCAUCACACCAUUAGGAUCGGCAGAUUUUUCACUCAACUUUUCAUUUUCUCCAGCCAGUGCUCUAGCGUUCUCUAUCAAUCACGCUCUCUCUUAUAUCACAUAUUGCUGAUCUGUUCAUCCACGGCUGCUUUUCUUCUCUUUUGUCAUCCAGACAUGGCUAUUUGUUAUCCUUUCUCUUCUUUCCUUUGUUCUUCUGAUUUUUUUUGUUGUUGCUUUUUUCUGUUCCCUC